AUGCUUUCAACUCUUCUCCAUUGGUUCGCCUACUCGUAUGUGCCGUCUAGGGGCUCAUCAGAAGCAAGAACUUCUACCUUGUCAACUAGCUCAAGAUUUGAAGGUAAUUCGGAGUUCGCUAACAUUCACUCACCUGGAAUACUUCCACCUAUCGGCUCAGAAUUCCAUUACGCCCAAGCUAGAGCGUACCGCUAUUUUAAUAAUAAGGAAAAGUUUAUGGAUGAAGUAAUCGGAGUGACAAAUGGUUACGGUUGCAGAAACCGGAGAAAGUCGAGAACCGUCGGUUACCUUUUGAAUCAAAGUAGCGACAAGCCGAGUACUACGACUACAGGGGGGAAGCUUUGCUUCGUAGACAGCUUCGCUUCCUCGUCGCUUCUUUCUGGCGACUAG